AUGCCCUACCGAGGCACGGGACUUCCUCUUCGACGUUCAGGCACCGCCCCUUCACGCCCCGCCCACAAGGUGGAGUUCCUGGAGGCAGCCAUGAUGGGGCCGCUGCGACGGUUCACCAUGGAUGGGUUUCGCGCGCUUCAAGAACAUCGGGCCGAGGCAAGGCUGCAGGAGCGCAGGCAGCACUUCGCUCAGCCGGGACCGGCUGGAGGUGCCCGGGAGACCGUGCCAGCCGGGGCGCGCCUGUCGCUGGCCAUGCGCGCCCCAACGCUCGCGGAGCAUGUUGCAUUGUCUGGGAUGGAUUGA